AUUUAAGACCAAAGUGAAUUUCUGGGAAGAGAUUUGCUUUAGCCAUUAGAUUCUUAGAGAUAGGAUUCGAGGGCCAAAGCAACAGCAACAUCAAAUAUCAAUCCAAACAUCAUUCAAUACAUCAAAAUGCUAACAGCAAUUGCUUCUUCUAGUUCAACCAUGUUAUUAUGUCCUAAACUAGGAGGAACAUGUUCAAUGUCACUCUCCACCACUACUAGUUCAUAUUCAAAAACCCAACAUUUUUAUCUCCAUUCAUUGGGUCACCGUCUUUUCUCUCCUUGGAAUGGUUUGAAGAAUCUGGGUUUCUCUAUCAAGCCCAAAAAACCAUUUUUUCAUAUUAUAGAUAGAAAGGGUCGGUGUAAGGGUAACGUGGUUUAUGCGUCUCUCUUUGGGGUUGGUGCCCCUGAAGCUCUUGUAAUUGGGGUUGUUGCUUUGUUGGUUUUUGGUCCUAAAGGUCUUGCUGAGGUUGCUCGGAAUCUGGGAAAAACAUUGCGUGAAUUUCAACCCACCAUUAGAGAGAUCCAGGACGUUUCAAGGGAAUUUAAGAGUACCCUUGAACGGGAGAUUGGUCUUGAUGACAUUUCAAACCCAACUCAGAACACGUACUCUUCCAAUGUUCGCAACACCACAUCAGCUCCACCAUCCACCGAUAGUACCAAUGGUUCUCAGACUGCUGUUGACCCUAAUGGGAAGGCAGAUCCAAGUAGAGCAUACAGCUCUGAGGAUUAUCUUAAGAUUACAGAAGAGCAACUAAAGGCAGCUGCCGCACAACAGCAGGAGCAAACACCCCCUCCUGAAGAAGACAAAAGUGAACGGCCAAUCCAGCCUCCUGCUAAUGAAAUAGCUGCAACUGUGCCACCACCUCAGAAGCCAGAAAGUGAAUCCUUACCUUUGGAUUCAUAAGAACUACGAAGAAACUUGCCCAAUUAUCAGUUCAUCACCCGGAAUGUGGGCAACUACCGGAUAGUGUAAUCAAUUUUGUUGCCUCCGAGUCACUUGAGUUGUGUAAAAAGUAAAGAAGAAAACUAUUAACAUGUAGUGUGCUUAUGAAUCUAUUGUAGUUUAAUCACUUGUUCAAAGCUGA